AUGGCUUCAUCACGAAGAACGUCUAUAACACUAACUGGCGGUAGUGCACUAGCUGGCGGUAGUCUCGCAAAAAUGACUUCCCAUCAAAUAGGAAACAGCGAAACGGCACCUAUUGAUUCAUAUACACAAGCAAUUGUUAAUAGAGAUGAAAGUGAACAACGAAAACAAGAUGGUACUUGUGGAUUAUUUUUAUUUAAUGAUCAGAAAAAGACGGAGCUUGCUGAUGCGAAAGACAGAGCAUAUAAAUACUGA